AAAAAAAAAAAUGAACACCGCCUCAGCUUCAGAAAGUGGAUCAUAUUCCACAAACCACCCAAGACCCUUUUUUUAUGCCCAGCCAACAGCACAACAGCCUUUUCCAAAUCCAUGGUACCUCAGUCAUGCAUAUAAUCCAUACUGUGUACCAGCACCAGGCUUCCGAAGUGGAAAUCCAUAUUUUCCAUUUUAUUCUGUUGCACUCCAUGAGUACCCUGGAUUUUUUGUUCCACAGCAUCCAAUGCACGCAAGAAUUAACAGAAGGCCUUAUUUUAAUGCUCCCCCACCUUCCCCUAUGUUUUAUCAUGCAACACGAUUUAGACACUAUAGUACCCCUGGGAAAAAGACAGAGACAAAGGAAACACAGACUGAUCCUAGACAGCCUGAAAACAAGCCAAAAAAGCAUCAAGAUACCCAUAUAGAAACGAAAGGUUGUGAUGCAGGAAAUAUGGCCUGUGUUUCUUCUGGUAUAGGUACAGAGACUGAAAGUACUUCAGAGAAACAGGAUUCAUCUGGAUCUUCCAUUGUGGUAGAUAGAGAGUUUCAUAAUCAGAACCCUUCCAGCUCUACGCAGUAUAGAAACCUUCCUUCUGGAAGCUAUGCCUUUGAGAAGGAAGAAGUGAGAAUAGAAUAUGGAAAUGGCUCUCCAGCAAUUCAGUUAUGGAAGUCCUUUAAAGAAACUAUUCCUUUGUAUGAUGUGGCAAGUGGUAAACCAGUCCCGGAGAAUAUAGUGCAGCGUGACUUAUUUUCUGUUAGUUCAUGUGAAGGAAUGAUAUAUGGCCCUCAUGAAGGGGAGAAAUUGGUGCCAGGAACUUAUAUAGAGGAGAGAAAAGCUGUUCUGCCCUCAAAACAGAGUGUUGAUGCUAUGCAAGAAAAAGAGGUCCAAAAUAAUGAGGUGAAGCUGGAUGCAGAAAAGCAGGUGACUACAAGUCAAAGGGCAAAAUCCCCCCCAGGUGAAGCCAUGGCAGUGCAAAUAACAGAGUUGGCCAGAUCUGUUAGCAUUGAUCAACCAGUGACAAGACAGGAUGUGCUAGUAGCCAAGAAGUCUUCUAGCUCUAAAAGAACUACAGGCUCAAAAACUUCUGAAGAAGAGUCCAGCCUUAUUCAACAAGCAGGACUACUUCCAUCUAGUAUGGAGGUAAUGAGUGACUUGAGUUUACAGCAGAAAAAGCUGAAUCUAAGCCACAGUGCAACCAAUGAAACUGAUAAAAGUAUUUGGUGUGAUGAGUCAGUUGAGAAGUAUGUUCCUUCUAACAGCUGGGUGGCUUGUUUGGACAAUAUGGACACAAACUACAACUACGAUGUGUGUUUGCCACAACGGAAACGUCAAAGUGUCCUCAGUCUGUCUUCUGAGGAAAUGUCCUCUAGAGAGGAAGGUUCAUCACUUGAUAAUGCCCCGGUGUCUUAUUUUGUCCCUGACUAUGUGCUUCAGAAAAGCACGUAUACUUUCCAGAAAAGUACAGAGGGCUUGGAGAAAGAGAAAAUUAAAAGUGGUGGGUCCCUUAACGAAGAUGAAGUGGUAGGAAAGGAGCAGAUCAACAGUUUUGAUUGCCCAGAUGUCAAAAAACCUUCAACCAUGAAGAUUAAAGAGGCUUCUGGUAAAGGUAGAAAGCUGGGAGCACUUCCUAGGUCUUCUAGCUGGAAAAAAAUCUAUUCUCUCAAGAAAAAAGCUGCUAAGAGUUUGUCAGAAGCUGAGGACUCAGAAGAAUACUCUGUGAGAGGAGAAGAGGAGGAUGAAGAUGGAGAGGAUGAAGAAGAUGAGGAAGAGGAUGAUGAUGAUGUGGAUGAAAUUGAAUAUUUCUUUCAAGAAACUACUCCAUAUGGAAUCUUGAUGCCUAAUAAAGGAAGCUUCUACCGACAAGUUGGCCAGAAGGUGCUGUGGAAACCACCUAAAAAUGUGAUACCAGCUCAACUAAUUAGCUGGCCUGCUCAAGAGAAAAUAAAAACUAGGAGUGGGCUUGGUGAAAACAUUGGUCUAGUUUACAAGCCAAAGGGGAAGGAACAGGAUGAAGUUGUAUACAGUGACUAUGGGUAUUAUGGAAGAAAGAGGCCUACAGCAAAAACAGAGGGAGUUGAACAUAAAAGAACACUGCAGAAGUUUUUGGGAGGAAGGCUGUUAAGGGAAAACAUGGUGAUACCAGCUGAAGAGUUCUGGAUUAGAAGUGGUGCUAAACCCAAACUUACCAGCAGAAUACAUAGUAGUCUCUCGCCUCCAGCCAAGAGCAAAGAACAAGGUUGCCUGCCUUUGGUUAAGCCAAAGAAGAAAAGAAUAGGCAAGCCCCCUUCCAAACGCAGAGACACAAGAUGCGAGGUGGAAGAAGUGGAAGUGUGGGAGAUGCCUAAAAGUAAUGUAUGCAAAGGGCGUGGAACAAGAAGAUCGCUCUAUAAGAGAAGAUAACUGCAAAUAUGGGGUAGGAGGGGAAAUGCAAUUGUAUCUGAAGUUUCUGUAAAUCCAUAAAUUAAUUCUUUUGUAUAGUUUGUAAGUUGCUGUGCACUCCUAAAAGGUAAGAAGUGACACUGUAAAGACUGAGGACACUAUUAAAAAAUGGAAUUAAGUACUUAACACUAAGCCACCUUUUGUGAAUAGCACCCCCACUAUUUAAAUAAAUGUAAUAGAAUUGCA